AUGGCUUCCCUCCCUGCCACUAUGAAGGCUCUCCGAUACGAGAAGCCAGAAGUUUGGAGCAUCGUCACCGUCCCCCUGCCAAAGCUACGUCCCGGUGACGUCCUAAUCAAGGUCAAGGCUUGCGGUGUUUGUGGUACCGAUCUGCACAUCCACGAGGGAGAAUUUAUAGCCGAAUUCCCCCUCAUCCCGGGCCACGAAACCAUUGGCGAAGUUGUCGCCUUUUCCCCCGACGUCAAAGGCUUCAGCAUCGGCGACCGCGUCGCUGCUGACAACUCGGAGCUCUGCGGGCACUGCUUCUACUGCCGGAGAGGCCAGGAACUCCUCUGCGAGGACUUCAAGGCCCAUGGUGUCCUAGGCCUCGACGGUGGCUUCGCAGAAUACGCCUCUUAUACCCAAGGCCGUCUCUUCAAACUUCACAACAUCAGCGAUGUUGACGCAACCCUGAUCGAGCCCGCCUCGUGUGCUAUGCACGGUCUUGAGAAGAUCGCCCCAAAGGCCGGUUCCCACGCUCUGUUGAUCGGUGCUGGUCCGACCGGUCUAAUGAUGGCUCAAUUCCUGAAGCACAGCGGUGUCUCCCGAUUAACUAUCGCUGCCCCCGAGGGAUCCAAGUUGGAGUUGGCCAAGAGCCUCGACGCGGCCGACUUCUAUGUCCCCCUCUCCCGCUCGAACCCCGCUCCGCAAUGGGAGCAGAUCAAGAAGGAUAACCCGUACGGCUUUGACAUUGUUAUCGAAGCCAGCGGCAGCGCCAAAGUCCUCGAGGAUGCCAUCAACUAUGUCCGCCGAGGAGGAAAGCUUGUCUGCUAUGGCGUCUACCCUAGCUCCGCGCGCGUUACCUGGCCGCCGUCUAAGAUCUUCGGUGAUGAAAUCACCAUCAUUGGUUCCUUCUCUGAAACUUACAUGUUCCCAUCCACGGUUGACUACUUGGACAGUGGCAAAGUUAAGACGGCGGGCAUCGUAAACAAGACCUUCAGACUCGAGCAAUGGGGCGAAGCCCUCGAGAGCAUCCGGAAUAAGUCGGCAAUCAAGGCUGCCAUCGUCUUCGACUAA